UGGUGCAUAGAAAAUCUAUGAGUAGACUUAUUUUUGUUCUUCAAAUCUGGCCCUUGAAAAAGGAAAAAACAGGACAUGCUCUUAUCCACUGAUAUUGGCCACACCUAAAACUAGUUCCAUCUCCAACGGACAAAAAAAAUAGCAAAAAUCAAUUGACAUGGCUUUCUCUGCAGCUUUCUCACACACCUCCUUCACAUACUCUUCAUCUUUCUCACAAACAAGAAAAAGAAUUAAUUAUACUCCUUUUAGAAAUACCCCUUUUAUUAUUAAAGCUGAAAAAGAUUCCUCUGAACCAAAAGAAAAUAAUGAGAAGCCAAAAUCCCAACAAGCAGCAACAACUUCCUCUACAACAGCCACUGCAACAAAGCCUAAAAAACCUGUAUAUUCUAUGAAGAAAGGGCAGAUAGUCAGGGUGGAUAAGGAGAAGUAUCUUAACAGCAUCAAUUACUUGUCUGUGGAUCAUCCACCUUAUUACAAAGGCCUGGACUACAUUUAUGAAGACCGUGGUGAGGUGUUGGAUUUGCGUAUAUUUGAGACAGGAGAAUAUGCACUCAUUGGAUGGAUUGGAAUACCAACUGCACCAGCUUGGCUUCCAACAGAGAUGCUAAUUAAGUCUGAUAAGCUGGAUUACGAGAGAAUAUAGUAGAGAGCCCACAAUUUCAGACCAGCACAAGCCAGACAAGAUUAUAUCAAAUUAUCAGAUAGACCAAUGCUCAUCGAAGAUUAAGAGAGAUGGGGAUGGACACACCUCCAGAAUUUACUUUAGUGAUAGCUAAAUGUAUUGUUCUAUUCUUAACGAUCACUCAAUCCUCUUCUCAUUUGACACUAAAGAAUCGUCAAGUUGAUUCUUAAUAAGCUUAAAAGGAGUAUCCAA